GUCGGUGGGCGGUCUCCCAGGAGCCUCGGCCUCCACAGCUUACAUGUGAGCAUGAGUCUUCUUAUGAUUAGUGAGAAUGUAAAAUUGGCUCGUGAAUAUGCGUUGCUGGGAAACUAUGACUCUGCGAUGGUCUAUUAUCAGGGAGUUCUUGACCAAAUGAACAAGUAUCUAUACUCAGUCAAAGAUACAUACCUCCAGCAGAAAUGGCAACAGGUGUGGCAGGAAAUAAAUGUGGAAGCUAAACAUGUUAAGGAUAUCAUGAAAACACUAGAGAGCUUUAAAUUAGACAGCUCUCCAUUGAAAGCUGCACAACAUGAGCUUCCAGCGUCUGAGGGAGAAGUCUGGUCCUUGCCUGUACCUGUUGAACGAAGACCCUCACCAGGUCCUAGAAAACGCCAAUCUUCUCAAAACAGUGACCCUAAAGCACACAGUAACCGUCCAAGUACAACUGUCAGAGUUCACCGUCCAUCUGCACACAAUCUUCAAAAUGACAGAGGGAAAGCUGUGCGUUGCCGGGAAAAGAAAGAACAGAAUAAAGGAAGAGAGGAAAAGAACAAAUCACCUGCCGCAGUUACAGAACCAGAAACCAAUAAAUUUGAUAGUACUGGAUAUGAUAAGGACUUAGUAGAAGCUUUGGAAAGAGAUAUAAUUUCUCAGAAUCCCAAUGUUCGAUGGGAUGAUAUUGCUGAUUUGGUAGAGGCUAAAAAGUUGCUUAAGGAAGCCGUGGUGUUACCAAUGUGGAUGCCAGAAUUCUUUAAGGGCAUCAGGAGACCGUGGAAAGGAGUGUUGAUGGUUGGCCCACCUGGCACAGGAAAGACCCUCCUUGCUAAAGCAGUAGCUACAGAAUGCAAGACAACAUUCUUCAAUGUCUCUUCAUCAACGCUGACUUCUAAAUACAGAGGAGAGUCUGAGAAGCUUGUUCGUCUUCUGUUCGAAAUGGCUCGAUUUUAUUCUCCAGCCACCAUAUUUAUUGAUGAGAUUGAUUCCAUUUGUAGUCGCAGAGGGACUUCUGAAGAGCACGAAGCAAGCAGGAGGGUGAAAGCCGAGCUGCUGGUUCAAAUGGAUGGUGUUGGAGGUGCUUCUGAAAAUGAUGACCCUUCCAAAAUGGUUAUGGUUCUGGCAGCUACUAAUUUUCCCUGGGAUAUUGAUGAGGCUUUAAGACGACGUCUUGAAAAAAGAAUCUAUAUUCCAUUACCAUCAGCAAAAGGCAGGGAGGAGCUAUUACGAAUAAGUCUCCGUGAGCUGGAAUUGGCUGAUGAUGUUGACCUUGCACGUAUAGCAGAAAAUAUGGAAGGUUAUUCAGGUGCGGACAUUACCAACGUGUGCAGGGAUGCAUCCUUGAUGGCAAUGAGAAGGCGUAUUGAAGGUUUGACCCCAGAAGAAAUCCGAAAUCUUUCAAGAGAAGAAAUGCACAUGCCCACAACUAUGGAGGAUUUUGAAAUGGCUUUAAAAAAGGUUUCUAAGUCAGUAUCUGCUGCAGACAUUGAAAGAUAUGAGAAAUGGAUAUUAGAAUUUGGAUCAUGCUAAUUCUCACAUGUAAACUGUGAGAAACCUGCCUUAAGUGUUUGAAUAAUUAAAUGUAGUAUUUCAUUGCACGGAGUGCUAUAUUUUUUUAAACUUUCAUAAUGGUAAGAUUUUUUUAAAAAAACCAUAUGAUUCUGAAUAAAGGCAAUUUUUUAAAGCUGUAAGCAAUUUGUUUUACUUCAGCAUUGCCUGAUUUCUUUCACUUACUACAAAUGUUGUAAUACAGUCGCUGUUACUUAGUUUGGAAAACUGUCUUUAUAUGCACUUGUAAGUAUAGCAUCUUCCACCUCCAUGGCUGCCCUUCUAGGUGGUAAGACUGGCUCUAGUUCCUUGGGUGCCAAUGGAAAACUGAAAAUUCCGGAACAUUUUUACACAAGUAGCCAAUUGAAACAUGAACCAAGCCCAGUGUGUCUUCCUGCCUGUGUUAUGGUACCUUCCCUCCAUUUCCUGGGAGAUCUUUAAAGAUCCUUCAUUUCACUAUGCAUUUAAAAUGAAAAAACAUGUAUCUAUAUACAACCUUGCCUGACUUUAUUCUGCCUACAUAAGAGAGGCUGCACUAUAGGCAAGUAGAUACUUCUAAGCCUAUGCUGCUCACUGUAUUCUAAUGAAACUGAUUCAUUCACUCAGGAUACGAAGCAUAAUUAACAGUUGAUGAUGUAAGUAAAAGUUAAGUGAAAUACAAGUUAAUGGUAUAACAUUUUAAAUAAGAUUUCUAUUUAUGAUUACUUGUAAAAAAA